AUGAACAAACGACGUGAUUUGAGUGUAGAAGAAAAAUUAGAUGUUCUUAAAAAAUAUGACGAGCUUCCGCAAAUGAGCCAGCGACAAGCAGCAUGUAAGUUAAACGUGUCUCAAAGUUUACUAGGUAGGAUGCUAAAAAGUCGACAGAAAAUCGAAAAUGCAUCAUUAGCAAAUGUGAAUUCAAACCGGAAAAGAAAAAGAGUCGGUAAAGAAGAAGAAGUUGAAGACGCUUUGAAACAAUGGUUCACAAAAGUCAGAGAAAAAGAUGCCCGAGUUACAGGACCACUGUUGCUUCAAAAAGCUGAGGAACUCGCGAAAAAAAUGGACAAAAAUAAUUUUGUAGCAACAGAAGGUUGGUUUCACCGAUGGAAGAAUCGUGAAAACAUUUCGUUUGUUAAGCCACAUGGAGAACAGGGAGAAGCAGACCAUGCAGCUGCACGAUCGUGGAUUCAUUCAGAAUGGCCAUCUCUUAUCGCCAAAUAUCCUCCGUCUAGUGUGUUAAAUGCAGAUGAAACUGGUCUUUAUUUCAGGGCAUUACCUGAACACACGUACGCGUUCAAAAAUGAAAAAAACUAG